AUGCAGUCGGACGGGCCUCGAGAUGAGAUUGUGCCGGACGAGGAUGCGCUUCGCUGGGCAGAGGCUUUGCGACAAAAGCGGGCUAGCAAGCGAAGAAAGAAGGAAGAGGAGGAUGAUGAUCGAGUCCUUGUCGGCACCAAGGUUGACGAGACUCAUGCUAACUGGGAGACCGCCUACAACAUGCUUACAGGCAUUCGUGUUUCGGUUUCGAGAACGAAUGCCAAACUCGACCGAGAAUUGACAGAUGCCGAUUUUGAUACUAAGCAGAAGUCGACAUUUGACAUUGCCGGUAAUGAGCUGGUACCGUCCGCAAAGUACGAUUUCAAGUUCAAGGAUUACGCUCCUUGGGUCUUCCGCCGCCUCCGAUCUCUCUUCCACUUGGACCCUGCCGAUUAUCUCAUGUCGCUCACCGGCAAGUAUAUACUUUCAGAACUUGGCUCACCCGGCAAAAGUGGAAGCUUCUUUUACUUCUCACGAGAUUACAAGUAUAUCAUCAAAACCAUUCAUCAUGCUGAGCAUAAGUUCCUGCGUAAAAUUCUGAAGGAAUAUUACCAGCAUGUCAAAGACAACCCCAAUAUGCUUCUCUCACAAUUUUACGGCCUCCACCGCGUUAAGAUGCCCUACGGCAAGAAAAUCCACUUCGUUGUGAUGAACAACCUCUUCCCCCCACACCGAGAUAUUCAUACUACCUUUGAUUUGAAGGGAUCCACCAUUGGUCGAGAUUACCGGGAGGAGGAUCUGGAGAAGAACCCCCGCGCAACACUGAAGGAUCUCAACUGGCUCAGACGGCAGAGAAGCCUGGAGUUGGGCAUCCAGAAGAAGCGCAUGUUCCUGGAACAGCUACAAAGAGAUGUUGCAUUAUUAAAGCGACUUAAAAUCAUGGACUACUCACUGUUGGUUGGCAUACAUGACGUCGCACGAGGGAACGAGGAGAAUCUUCGCGACAAGACGCUUCAAGUAUUCAACCCUGGUGGCGAGAAGUCCCCCGACGAUGAACCCAACUCAGUUCUUCUUCGCACGCCUUCCAAAUUAGAGAAUCAACGCAAGGCCAGGGAGCUGCGACAGAUGAUUCGCCAGGAGCGACCAGUGCCCAUGGGUCAAUCAGCGAACAAGAUGCCAGAUGAGCUGCAAGAGGGUCAGCAUCGUCCUGGGUGGGUUUUCGGGCAAGAUGAUGGCGGUUUUAGGGCAACCCACGAAGACAACACGCCGGGGGAUGAGAUUUACUACCUCGGAGUCAUCGACUGCCUCACUCAUUAUGGAAUUAUCAAAAAGAUUGAGCAUUUCUGGAAGGGAUUGUCCAGCGACAAGACGCAAAUCUCGGCCCUACCACCGGACCAGUAUGGUGACCGAUUCUACCAUUUCAUUGAGGGCGUCACCAUGUCAACCGAGGAAGCUCACAGGGAGGCCGAGAGGAGACACCAAGAGAUACUUGAGGCACAACGCUCGGAGGCAAGGGUCUCAAGCUGGAACUCUCGUCGCAGGUCAUCUCAGCCCGUUCCUCCAGUACCAACUCAUGGCCCUCCCCCACCACCCGGUCCGCGAUCUCCAGAAGCGCGGGAAACGGUUGAGAAGGCCAAUAGGGAGGCUGAACGCUCAGAGAGACAUGGCUACACCGAGGAGCAGAUACCUGAUCGAGUUUUGUCUACUGGCACGAUCAAGGACACUCGCGACUCGCUGCAACAUGAACCCAUCCUCCCUGUUGUUCAAGAGGCGGGCGAGAAUGGGCGCGAUGAUAAUGAGACCAGGCCUUUGUCAUUCCCUAAGAGCCUCAACAAAAGCCUCCCGCCCACUAGAGCACCACCGCCGACUCCUCCCAAGCCUGGAUACCCUGGAGCAGGAAGUGCCGAUAGCGGAUAUGCAGGCUUUGGCAAUGGCACAGCCCUGGGCAACAACGGCUAUGCGUCCCAACAAAGGGUGAGCCUUGACAGUCUUAACAAGGAGCUGCCUCCAUUACCGAGGAAGCAGGAUGGCACAAACGACAGUGGUGUACGGAUGGUAGCUUAGGUUGCAGCCACGACCUAAUCAGGGUUGUCGAGGAGGACAAAAGACGGGAUCACGAUUAAGAAAGCAAAUGAUACAGAUACACAAGGUUGACGAGCGACGGAACCAUCGUCAACCACCAAUGAUGCAUUAGAAAAGCGAGACACCUGGCGACCACCCCUUGUUCUGGUUCUUUCCUUGACCAGCCAUGCAUGCACUAUUUCCUUUUUGUUCUUAUCUACACCUUUGGCAUACUGGACUCGGCCUAUGAAAGCAAGUUUCUAUUUCAAUUUCAUUUCCUUUCCUUUGUCGGCGACGAAACAGAGAAGCACUGGGGCAGAUGGUGAGCCGAGUUGCGUCAAGUCGCAUCGUGGAGUACGACAGCACGGCACCUAUAGGGGCGAGUGCAGAUAUCGGUUCUUUAUUAAAAAAAGAAUAAGACAUGGAUGAUACCACCACGUUUAGCACGCUGCAGUUUGUUUUUGACACUAUUUUCACUUGGUCAUUAUUCAGUUUUUCACUGGCCCCUGGCCCUUUGACAUGAUCAUUCUUUCUUGUCGCAUACUUAUUGUCGUUUCUCUUUUGGUUGUCAUCAGCUAGCUGGGCUUGCAGCUCCCACGGGUAGGGGUUUAGGUAGUAGUAGGAAUUGAUAGAUCUGAUAGGAUAAAGACUUGAGCUGUCUA